GGCACACAGAGCAGGCAUUCAUUCUCGGGCGGCGCGAGCGAGGGGGCUGGGGAGCGAGCGUCACUUUGGAAACUCGGGAACUCACGGAUUCUCGUGCUAAACCGGCGACCUCCUUUUCUCGUUACUGAAGUCCUCGCAGUUGGAUUUCAACCGCGGGACAAACGGGGGAGAGAGAGAAGGGGAAGUCAGGAGGGAAGAGAGAGCGGGUGAGUUUGGCGCAGACGGUUGCGCUUUAGCAGGUAAGCUGGGGUCCAAGGUGCGCACUGAGCCGCCUAUGAUACCAACCAUACGGAUGGAAAGAACUUUAAUGUGGAAUCCUCACAGAGUUUUGCAACGGAGGCUGAGAGUAGAGACAGACUGGCAGUUUAUAUUAUAACUUCGACGCGUAUAGGCCAGAGAGACAGAGCAGACAGCGGUCCGCCGGCACUCCGUGCGUCACUGGAGGAUCAAUACAGGAACGGGAGCCCGACAGGUACGCAGCAGAGCUUUUACAGGAACAGGCCUUUUUUUUUCACCCUCUGCGCGCCUGGAGGCUUGUGUGAGGGAAGAUGUCCAGAGAGGAGCAGAGCUUUUCCGAGGUGGAGCUCAGUCCCGGGAUGUCGGACGACAGCCGCUCCAUGUCCCCGGGCCAGUCCUCCGGCGCGGCGGGCGGCGGGGACUCUCCCCUCCACGGGCCGCAGCAGCCGCAGCUGGCCGGCCUGGACGACGUGUCCGCGGGCUGCUCGUCCGUGAAGUCCGACGACGAGGACGAGCGCUUCCCCGCGGGGAUCCGCGAGGCGGUGAGCCAGGUGCUCAACUGCUACGACUGGACGCUGGUGCCCAUGCCGGUGCGCGUGAACACCGGGAGCAAGAACAAGCCGCACGUGAAGAGGCCCAUGAACGCCUUCAUGGUGUGGGCGCAGGCGGCGCGCAGGAAACUGGCCGACCAGCACCCGCACCUGCACAACGCAGAGCUCAGCAAGACCCUGGGGAAGCUCUGGAGGCUUCUUAAUGAAAGUGAUAAGCGACCCUUCAUUGAGGAGGCAGAGAGGCUCAGGAAACAGCACAAGAAAGAUUAUCCGGACUACAAAUACCAGCCUCGUCGCCGCAAGAAUGGAAAGAUGGGUUCUGGUUCAGGAAGUGAGGCCGACGGCCAUUUGGAGGGUGAGGUCAGCCACAGCCAGUCCCACUACAAGGGCCUCCACCUGGAAGUGGUCCACGGUGAGGGGGCCGGGUCCCCUCUGGCAGAUGGGCAUCACCCUCAUGCUGCAGGUCAGAGCCACAGCCCUCCCACACCUCCCACCACUCCGAAGACGGAGCCUCAGUCUGGGAAGACAGGGGACGGCAAGAGGGACGCUGCUGGAAAUGGAGGCUCUCGUGGCGCAAUGGGAGCUGAAGGAAACUCAGGCGCUCCAGGAUCUGGGAAACCUCACAUUGACUUUGGUAAUGUGGACAUUGGUGAGAUGAGCCAUGAGGUGAUGGCCAACAUGGAACCUUUUGAUGUCAAUGAGUUUGACCAGUACCUUCCCCCCAAUGGGCACCCAGGCGUUGGGCAGAGUGCCGGAGCGGGAGGCGCCGCGGCGGCUUCGCCGGCCUCUCCGUACACCUACGGCAUCUCUUCAGCUCUGGCAGCGGCCAGCGGACACUCAGCGGCCUGGCUCUCCAAGCAGCAGCAGCAGCCGCAGCAGCAUCACAGCUCCGCCCUGGCCUCGGACGCCUCCAAGGCUCAGAUCAAGAGCGAGGCCCCCGGAGCCGGGGCUCACUUUGCGGAGGCAGCGUCGGCCGGUUCCCACGUCACCUACGCUCCCCUCAGCCUCCCGCACUACAGCUCCGCCUUCCCCUCGUUGGCCUCCAGGGCUCAGUUCGCUGAGUACGCGGACCACCAGGCCUCGGGGUCGUACUACGCCCACUCCAGCCAGGCCUCGGGGUUGUACUCCGCCUUCUCCUACAUGGGACCCUCCCAGAGGCCCCUGUACACCGCCAUCACUGAUCCUGGCAGCGUGUCGCAGUCGCACAGCCCCACACACUGGGAACAGCCUGUCUACACAACUCUGUCGCGGCCAUGACAGACAACAAGACCAGAGGGCCCCGGUGCAGGUCCAACCCCGGCGUCAGACCACAGGAGCAGCAGCAGCAAUGGCAGAGUUGGUGGUGAAAGCGGUCUGGUCUGGGGGGAGUGGGCCGGCACUGGAGGAGUCGGCUGGGGAGGCAGGAGGGACGAAUCCCUGCCCUGCUCUUGCCCAGAUGCAAAAAUGCUGGCGCAGCCCAAGGAGGAGCUUGGGGGCCGGUGGUUUUGAAGAGUAGUUGAUUACUGGGGGCAAAACAGUGUCGUUGUCAGAUGGGUGACACAAUACAAAAAAAACAACAACAACAUAAAAAAAACCCAUCCACCCUACACUACGACACAGCCUCUAACUCUCCAAACAACUGGCAGUUUGUCAUGAGUGGUCAGGGAUCAUGUCCCUGUCAGUUUGGUGACUUCAUGAGUAUCAAAGGAGGCUAAACUGCCGCCUGCAGCCUUUCCCCACAGGCCAAGAGAGGAGGCUGCAGCCACAGGGACCAAGUGAGAAUCCAGUCGGCUUGACUUGCUUUGUGAAGGAGGAAGCCAAAUUCAGUCAAUAUGAAAACGUUAACGCCUCGAGAAAGGUGUGCCAAACGAUCCGCUGGCCUUAAACUUCUCAGGCAAUGAUUGAUCUUUUAUCAAACAGAUGUUGAAGUUCAAAUGAAUGUCUCCGUGACAAAAUACUGAUAACAUACUGUUAUUCAGAGCCACAACUGUUCCUAUUUAUUUCACUGUACAAUGCUGUGUUCACUUCAAAUGUCUUUGUAAACAAGAUGAGCAGACAUGGGCGAAAAUGCCAUAGAACCAUGCUGAGAUUUUGCAGUGAAAUGUAUAUUAAGUCUU